GUUUUACAUGGACACCAAAAGAAUUAGAUUUUAAUGAGAAAAAUUUUCAAGAAAGACAAAUAUUAACAAUAACUCGUGUCAAAGAUGGACCAGAAACAACUCUUAUUCCAAUUUUCAAUGGUGAAGGUUUUGAUCUAGUUCCAUUUGACAUUUAUCCUAUUUUUAUUCAAUAA